AUGGCGGGGAAGAUGGGACAGAGAUUACAAUUAUCAGAGGCAUGGGCGCUGGUGGGCUCCACAAAAUGUCGCUUCGCCACCGCUCGUGCUUGGUGCCAAAGGACAGGAUGCGCUACUCCCAAAAGAAUAGCAGGCAGAAUGUGUUAUUCAUCAAGAUCUUCUACCGCAGAAUCUUUGGCAAAACCUAAUCUUCCCUUAUGGACCACCGGCAGAGCCUUACUCCUCGCUGGCGCGUUGGGCUCCAUUGGAUAUGCGGUGGGUGUCAACGAUGCACGGAACCAUGUCGACGAGCCGGGGCCACGAAAACCCAAAGCUCCCAGAUAUGCGACGAAAGAUGAAAUGAAAACGGCCAUCAUCGAGCUUCGUAAGGUGCUAGGUGAAGACGCCAUCAGCACCGACGAUGACGAUCUUCAAACUCAUGGUUACUCGGAGUGGUCCUCGGUCAAUAUCGACCAGCUGCCAGUGGCCGUUGCUUACCCCAAAACUACCGAGGAAGUCUCCCAGAUUGCCAAAAUUGCUUCCAAAUAUAAAAUCCCCAUGAUUCCAUAUUCUGGUGGUUCCUCGCUCGAGGCCCACUUCUCGGCGCCAUACGGAGGAUUCAGCAUCGACUUUGCAUUCAUGGAUCAGAUCCUUGCCAUUCACCAGGAAGACAUGGAUGUUGUCGUACAACCGUCCAUUCAGUGGAUGGACCUUAACGACAAGCUCAGAUCCACAGGUCUAUUCUUCCCUGUAGAUCCUGGGCCAUCGGCAAAGAUCGGUGGGAUGAUUGGGACCUCAUGCAGUGGGACCAACGCCUUUCGCUACGGUACCAUGAAGGAUUGGGUCAUUAAUCUGACAGUCGUCCUGCCAGAUGGUCGCAUUAUCAAAACAAGACAGAGGCCUCGGAAAACAUCAGCUGGUUAUAAUCUCACCGGCCUCUUUAUCGGUUCCGAGGGUACUCUCGGGAUUGUGACGGAAGCCACUCUCAAGCUAGCGGUUAUUCCCCAAGAAACAAAGGUUGCUGUUGCCACAUUUCCAACCAUCCGGGACGCUGCCGCAGCAGCGAUGCAGGUUAUUCGCUCGGGAGUUCCAGUUGCGGCAAUGGAAAUCAUGGACGAUGUUCAAAUGUCCGUAAUAAACAAGGCCGGAGGCACGAACAGGACAUGGAAAGAGGUUCCCACCAUCUUCUUCAAAUUUUCAGGAACGUCGGUCGGGGUUCAGGACAACAUCAAAGCCACGACACAUAUCGCCAAGGAGAAUAGAGGUGGUAACUUCAUCUACGCGAGCAAUGAGCAAGAAGCCCACGACCUCUGGAAGGCGAGAAAAGAUUCACUCUGGAGCAUGCUGUCAUUACGUCGCGAGGGAGAUGAAGUUUGGUCGACCGACGUGGCUGUGCCAAUCUCGAGGCUGCCCGAUAUUGUUGAAAUAACCAAGAUGGAAAUCGACGACCUCGGCCUUUUCGCCAGUGUGCUAGGCCACAUUGGAGACGGAAACUUUCACACCUCGAUCCUGUACAAUCGAAAAGAUCUUGCAGAACGAGAAAGGGUCGAGCGGGUCGUGCAUAACAUGGAAGGAACAUGUACCGGUGAACACGGCAUCGGUCUGGGCAAAAAACAAAGUCUGAUCGACGAAUUGGGUCUCGACGCUAUUGCAAUAAUGCAGACGCUAAAACACAGCCUCGAUCCAUUUUGGUUGAUGAAUCCCGGCAAGAUCUUCGACGCGAUAAACGCAGAGAAUACCAAAAGCCAGCCGGAAACAACUGCAGCCUCGACGAUUGAGAAACUGAAAAAGCAGAUGAAGAUGAAGAUGCGUCAUUCGUAG